GCUGGCCCUGGACGCGCCCGGAGCUCAGGGAAGCAGGGAGGAGGGGGUAGGGAGGGUCUCUGCCGGCAGCCAUGGGGCCGGGGGUCCGGGGCCGCCGCCGUCGCCCGAUGUCGCCGCGGCCACCGCCACUGCCGUCCGUGCGGGCGCUGCCCCUAUUGCUGCUGCUAGCGGGGCCGGGGGCUGCAGCUCCCCCUUGCCUGGACGGAAGCCCAUGUGCGAAUGGAGGUCGCUGCACCCAGCUGCCCUCCCGGGAGGCUGCCUGCCUGUGCCUGCCAGGCUGGGUGGGUGAGCGAUGCCAGCUGGAAGACCCCUGCCAUUCGGGCCCCUGUGCUGGCCGGGGCGUCUGCCAGAGCUCGGUGGUGGCAGGCACUGCCAGGUUCUCCUGCCGCUGCCCCCGUGGCUUCCGAGGCCCCGACUGCUCCCUGCCAGACCCCUGCCUCAGCAGCCCCUGUGCCCAUGGUGGCCGCUGCUCAGUGGGGCCCGACGGCCGCUACAUCUGCUCCUGCCCACCUGGCUACCAGGGCCGCAGCUGCCGCAGCGAUGUGGAUGAGUGCCGGGUGGUGGGCGGGCCCUGCCACCACGGUGGCACCUGCCUCAACACGCCUGGCUCCUUCCACUGCCAGUGCCCAGCUGGCUACACAGGGCCACUGUGUGAGAACCCCGCAGUGCCCUGUGCUCCCUCACCAUGCCGUAAUGGGGGUACCUGUAGACAGAGUGGUGAUCUCACCUAUGACUGCGCCUGCCUUCCUGGGUUCGAGGGCCAGAACUGCGAAGUGAAUGUGGACGACUGUCCAGGGCACCGAUGUCUAAAUGGAGGGACAUGUGUGGACGGCGUCAACACCUACAACUGCCAGUGCCCUCCUGAGUGGACAGGCCAAUUCUGCACGGAGGAUGUGGACGAGUGUCAGCUGCAGCCCAAUGCUUGCCACAACGGGGGCACCUGCUUCAACACACUUGGUGGCCACAGCUGUGUGUGUGUCAAUGGCUGGACAGGCGAGAGCUGCAGUCAAAACAUCGAUGAUUGUGCCACGGCCGUGUGCUUCCAUGGGGCCACCUGCCAUGACCGCGUGGCCUCCUUCUACUGUGCCUGCCCCAUGGGCAAGACUGGGCUUCUGUGUCAUCUGGAUGACGCCUGUGUCAGCAACCCCUGUCACGAGGAUGCUAUCUGUGACACGAACCCAGUGAACGGCCGGGCCAUCUGCACCUGUCCACCUGGCUUCACGGGCGGGGCGUGUGACCAGGAUGUGGAUGAGUGCUCCAUUGGUGCCAACCCUUGUGAGCACCUGGGCCGGUGCGUGAACACACAGGGUUCAUUCCUGUGCCAGUGUGGCCGUGGCUACACUGGCCCGCGCUGCGAGACCGACGUCAACGAGUGCCUGUCCGGGCCCUGCCGCAACCAGGCCACGUGUCUCGACCGCAUAGGCCAAUUCACCUGUAUCUGCAUGGCAGGCUUCACGGGCACCUAUUGCGAGGUGGACAUGGACGAGUGUCAGAGCAGCCCGUGUGUCAAUGGCGGGGUCUGCAAGGACAGAGUCAACGGCUUCAGCUGCACCUGCCCCUCAGGCUUCAGCGGGGCCAUGUGUCAGCUGGAUGUGGACGAGUGCGCGAGCACACCCUGCCGGAAUGGAGCCAAAUGCGUGGACCAGCCCGAUGGCUACGAGUGCCGCUGCGCAGAGGGCUUUGAGGGCACGCUGUGUGAGCUCAACGUGGAUGACUGCUCGCCCGACCCGUGCCACCACGGGCGCUGCAUGGACGGCAUCGCCAGCUUCUCGUGCGCCUGUGCACCGGGCUACACGGGCACGCGCUGUGAGAGCCAGGUGGACGAGUGCCGCAGCCAGCCCUGCCGCCACGGGGGCAAAUGCCUAGACCUCGUGGACAAAUACCUCUGCCGCUGCCCUCCUGGCACCACAGGUGUGAACUGCGAGGUGAACAUCGAUGAUUGUGCCAGCAACCCCUGCACCUUUGGGAUCUGCCGUGACGGCAUCAACCGCUACGACUGUGUCUGCCAACCUGGCUUCACAGGGCCCCUUUGCAACGUGGAGAUCAACGAGUGUGCGUCCAGCCCGUGUGGCGAGGGAGGCUCCUGCAUGGACGGGGAAAACGGUUUCCGCUGCCUCUGCCCACCUGGAUCCUUGCCCCCACUCUGCCUCCCCCCCAGCCAUCCCUGUGCCCAAGAACCCUGCAGUCACGGUGUCUGCCACGAUGCACCAGGAGGGUUCCGCUGCGUGUGUGAACCUGGCUGGAGUGGACCCCGGUGCAGCCAGAGCCUCGCUCAAGAUGACUGUGAAUCCCAGCCCUGCCGGGCCGGCGGCACCUGCUCCAGUGAUGGAAUGGGCUUUCACUGCUCCUGUCCCCCUGGUGUCCAGGGCCGUCAGUGUGAGCUGCUGUCCCCAUGUGCCCCGAACCCCUGUGAGCAUGGGGGCCACUGUGAGUCUGCCCCUGGCCAGCUGGCUGUCUGCUCCUGCCCCCCUGGCUGGCAAGGCCCACGAUGCCAGCAGGAUGUGGACGAGUGUGCCGGCCUCUCACCCUGUGGCCCCCAUGGUACCUGCAGCAACCUGGCGGGAAGUUUCAGCUGUACCUGCCACGGGGGGUAUAGUGGCCCUUCCUGUGAUCAGGACAUCGAUGACUGUGACCCCAAUCCCUGCCUGAAUGGUGGCUCGUGUCAGGAUGGUGUUGGCUCCUUCUCGUGCUCCUGCCUCCCUGGCUUCACUGGUCCCCGCUGCGCCCAUGAUGUGGAUGAGUGUCUGAGCAGCCCCUGUGGCCCAGGCACCUGCACCGACCACGUGGCCUCCUUCACCUGCACUUGCCCACCUGGUUAUGGAGGCUUCCUCUGUGAGCAGGACCUACCUGACUGCAGCCCCAGCUCCUGCUUCAAUGGUGGGACCUGUGUGGAUGGCGUGAAGUCGUUCAGCUGUCUGUGCCGCCCCGGCUACACUGGCGCACACUGCCAACAUGAGGCCGACCCCUGCCUCUCGCGACCCUGCCUGCAUGGGGGCGUCUGCACUGCAGCCCACCCUGGCUUCCGCUGCACCUGCCCCGAGGGCUUCACUGGCGCUCAGUGCCAGACGCUGGUAGACUGGUGCCGCCGUGUGCCCUGUCAGAACGGGGGUCACUGUGCCCGGACCGGGGCCUCCUUCUACUGCCUUUGUACCCCGGGGUGGAGCGGCCGCCUCUGUGACAUCCAGAGCCUGCCCUGCAGGGAGGCUGCAGCCCAGAUCGGGGUGCGGCUGGAGCAGCUGUGUCAGGCUGGGGGGCAGUGUGUGGACAAGGACAGCUCCCACUACUGCAUGUGCCCAGAGGGCCGCACAGGCAGCCACUGUGAGCAGGAGGUGGACCCCUGCUUGGCCCAGCCCUGCCAGCAUGGGGGCACCUGCCGCGGCUACAUGGGGGGCUAUGUGUGCGAGUGUCCGGCUGGCUACGCUGGUGACAUCUGUGAGGAUGAUGUGGAUGAGUGUGCCUCCCAGCCCUGCCAGCACGGGGGCUCCUGCAUUGACCUUGUGGCCCGCUAUCUCUGCUCCUGCCCCCCGGGGACGCUGGGCGUGCUCUGUGAGAUUAAUGAGGACGACUGUGGCCCAGGCCCACCCCUGGCCCUGGGCCCCCGGUGCCUGCACAAUGGUACCUGCGUGGACCUGGUGGGCGGCUUCCGCUGCACCUGUCCCCCGGGUUACACUGGCCUGCGCUGCGAGGCAGACAUCAAUGAGUGUCGCCCCAGCGCCUGCCACGCGGCACACACCCGGGACUGCCUGCAGGACCCAGGUGGGGGCUUCCACUGUCUUUGCCGAGCUGGCUUCACAGGUCUCCGCUGUCAGACUGUCCUGUCUCCCUGCGAAUCCCAGCCAUGCCAGCAUGGAGGCCAGUGCCGUUCUAGUCCCGGGCAUGGGGGUGCGCUGACCUUCACCUGCCACUGUGUCCCGCCAUUCUGGGGUCUGCGCUGCGAGCGGGUGGCGCGCUCCUGCCGGGAGCUGCAGUGCCCGGAGGGCGUCCGGUGCCAGCAGACGGUCCGAGGGCCGCGCUGCGCCUGUCCCCCGGGGUUGUCGGGGCCCGCGUGCCGGGGCUCCCGGGGGUCGCCGCCGGGGGCCGCCAACGCCAGCUGUGCGGCCUCCCCCUGCCUCCACGGGGGCUCUUGCCACCCCGCGCCGCUCGCGCCGUUCUACCGCUGCGCGUGCGCGGCGGGCUGGGCUGGGUCACGCUGCGAGGUCCCGGCGGCGGCGCCCGAGGCCCCCGAGGAGCCGCGGUGCCUGAGCGCCGCCUGCGAGGCCAAGAGCGGGGAUCGGCGCUGCGACCGCGAGUGCAACAGCCCGGGCUGCGGCUGGGACGGCGGCGACUGCUCGCUGAGCGUGGGCGACCCCUGGCGGCAGUGCGCGGCGCUGCAGUGCUGGCGCCUCUUCAACAACAGCCGCUGCGACCCGGCCUGCAGCUCGCCCGCCUGCCUCUACGACAACUUCGACUGCCGCGCCGGCGGCCGGGAGCGCGCCUGCAACCCGGUGUACGAGAAGUAUUGCGCGGACCACUUUGCCGACGGCCGCUGUGACCAGGGUUGCAACACGGAGGAGUGUGGCUGGGAUGGGCUGGACUGUGCCGGUGAGGUGCCAGCCCUGCUGGCCCGCGGUGUGCUGGUGCUCACGGUACUGCUGCCGCCUGAGGAACUGCUGCGCUCCAGCGCCGACUUCCUGCAGCGGCUCAGCGGCAUCCUGCGCACCUCGCUGCGCUUCCGCCUGGAUGAGAAUGGCCAGGCCAUGGUCUUCCCUUACCACCGGCCUGGUCCUGGUUCCAAAUCCCGGAACCGGCGGGAGCUGGCCCCGGAGGUGAUCGGCUCUGUGGUGAUGCUGGAGAUUGACAACCGGCUGUGCCUGCAGUCGCCCGAGAAUGACCACUGCUUCCCCGACGCCCAGAGUGCGGCCGACUACCUGGGAGCGUUGUCAGCUGUGGAGCGCCUGGACUUUCCGUACCCGCUGCGGGCGGCGCGGGGGGAGCCGCUGGAGCUGCCGGAGCCGAGCAUGCCGCUGCUGCCCCUGCUGGCUGCGAGCGCUGUCUUCCUGCUGGUCGUCCUGGUUCUGGGCGUCAUGGUGGCCCGGCGCAAGCGGGAACACAGCACUCUCUGGUUCCCCGAGGGCUUUGCGCUGCACAAGGAGGUGGCCGCUGGCCACAAGGGCCGGCGGGAACCCGUGGGCCAAGAUGCGUUGGGCAUGAGGAACAUGGCCAAGGGCGAGAGUCUGAUGGGGGAGGCGGCCACAGACUGGAUGGACACAGAGUGCCCGGAGGCCAAGCGACUGAAGGUGGAGGAGCCUGGCGUGGGGGCUGAAGAUGCUGUGGAUUGCCGCCAGUGGACUCAACACCACCUGGUUGCUGCUGACAUCCGCGUGGCACCAGCCAUGGCGUUGACACCACCGCAGGGUGACGCGGAUGCUGAUGGCAUGGAUGUCAAUGUGCGUGGCCCAGAUGGCUUCACCCCGCUAAUGCUGGCCUCCUUCUGUGGGGGCGCACUGGAGCCGAUGCCGACUGAGGAGGAUGAGGCAGAAGAUACGUCAGCCAGCAUCAUCUCAGACCUGAUCUGCCAGGGGGCCCAGCUUGGGGCGCGGACUGACCGCACGGGCGAGACGGCCCUGCACUUGGCCGCCCGCUAUGCCCGGGCUGAUGCGGCCAAGCGGCUGCUGGAUGCUGGGGCGGACACCAAUGCCCAGGACCACUCGGGCCGCACCCCCCUGCACACAGCUGUCACUGCCGAUGCCCAGGGUGUCUUCCAGAUUCUCAUCCGGAACCGCUCCACAGACCUGGAUGCCCGCAUGAUGGACGGCUCCACAGCACUGAUCCUGGCAGCCCGCUUGGCGGUGGAGGGCAUGGUGGAGGAGCUCAUCGCCAGCCACGCUGAUGUCAACGCUGUGGACGAGCUUGGGAAAUCAGCCUUACACUGGGCCGCAGCUGUCAACAACGUGGAGGCCACCUUGGCCCUGCUCAAAAAUGGAGCCAACAAGGACAUGCAGGAUAGCAAGGAGGAGACCCCUCUGUUCCUGGCCGCCCGGGAGGGCAGCUACGAGGCUGCCAAGCUGCUGCUGGACCACUUCGCCAACCGUGAGAUCACCGAUCACCUGGACAGGCUGCCACGAGACGUGGCCCAGGAGCGGCUGCACCAGGACAUCGUGCGCCUGCUGGACCAGCCUAGUGGGCCCCACAGUCCCCCCGGCCCCCACGGCCUGGGACCCCUGCUCUGCCCGCCUGGGGCUUUCCUCCCGGGCCUCAAGGUGGCGCAGGCAGGGGGCAAGAAGAGCCGGAGGCCGCCUGGCAAGGCGGGGCUGGGACCGCAGGGCGCCCGGGGCCGGGGCAAGAAGCUGACGCUGGCCUGCCCGGGCCCCCUGGCCGAGAGCUCGGUCACGCUCUCGCCCGUGGACUCGCUGGACUCCCCGCGGCCCUUCGGGGGGCCCCCCGCGUCGCCAGGCGGCUUCCCCCUCGAGGGGCCCUACACGGCGGCUGCUGCCACGGCCGUCUCUCUGGCGCCGCUGGGAGGCGCGGGCCGGGCGGGUCUUGGGCGCCAGCCCCCCGGGGGCUGCGUGCUUAGCCUGGGGCUGCUGAACCCCGUGGCUGUUCCCCUCGACUGGGCCCGGCUGCCCCCGCCUGCCCCACCAGGCCCCUCCUUCCUGCUGCCGCUGGCCCCGGGACCCCAGCUGCUGAACCCCGGGCCCCCUGUGUCCCCGCAGGAGCGGCCCCCGCCAUACCUGGCAGCCCCGGGACAUGGCGAGGAGUACCCGGCCGCCGGGGCCCAUGGCAGCCCCCCCAAGGCCCGCUUCCUGCGGGUCCCCAGCGAGCACCCUUACCUGACCCCAUCCCCCGAGUCCCCCGAGCACUGGGCCAGCCCCUCGCCUCCCUCCCUCUCGGACUGGUCCGACUCCACACCCAGCCCAGCCACUGCCACCGGGUCCAUGGCCACAGCCACUGGAGCACUGCCUGCCCAGCCACUGGCCCUGUCCGUCCCUGGCCCCCUAGCUCAGGCCCAGACCCAGCUGGGGCCCCAGCGGGAAGUCACCCCCAAGAGGCAGGUGUUGGCCUGAGACUCUCCUCAGUUCCUGGAUU